UCGGUGGCUCGGGUUUCGGCUGUCUGAGGCGCCGCCGUCGGCCAGCCGUAGCUGCCGCCGCGCCGGCGCCGUCCCCGGGCUCCCGUGCUCCGCGCGAAGCCCCGGCCCCCGGCGGCCGGGGCAUGGGCCAAGGGCACGUGCUUGGGCGGCUACGCGCAAGGCUGUGACCCGCCCCGGCAGCAGCAUGAAGACCCUCAUAGCUGCCUACUCCGGAGUGCUGCGGGGUGCGCGUCGGGACGAGGCGGCCCGAAGUGAGAGCUCGAAUGGAGGCCGUGCGCUGUCACGUGAGGGGUCCGGUCGAUGGGGUGCGGGCUCCAGCAUCCUGUCCGCCCUCCAGGACCUCUUCUCUGUCACCUGGCUCAACAGAUCCAAGGUGGAAAAGCAACUGCAAGUUAUCUCAGUGCUCCAGUGGGUCCUGUCCUUCCUCGUGCUGGGAGUGGCCUGUAGCGUUAUCCUCAUGUACACGUUCUGCACCGACUGCUGGCUCCUGGCCGUGCUCUACUUCACCUGGCUGGCCUUCGACUGGAACACACCCAAGAAAGGUGGCAGGAGAUCGCAGUGGGUACGGAACUGGGCUGUGUGGCGCUAUUUUCGAGACUACUUCCCCAUCCAGCUGGUGAAGACACACAACCUGCUGACCACCAGAAACUACAUCUUUGGGUACCACCCCCAUGGCAUCAUGGGCCUGGGUGCUUUCUGCAACUUCAGCACGGAGGCCACUGAAGUGAGCAAGAAGUUCCCUGGCAUUAGGCCCUACCUGGCCACUCUGGCUGGCAAUUUCCGGAUGCCUGUGCUCAGGGAGUACCUAAUGUCUGGAGGCAUCUGCCCUGUCAACAGGGACACCAUAGACUACCUGCUGUCAAAGAAUGGAAGUGGCAACGCCAUCAUCAUUGUCGUUGGGGGCGCUGCUGAGUCCCUGAGCUCCAUGCCUGGCAAGAACGCUGUCACACUGCGCAACCGCAAAGGCUUCGUGAAAUUGGCCCUGCGCCAUGGAGCCGACCUGGUUCCUACCUACUCAUUUGGGGAGAAUGAGGUGUACAAGCAGGUGAUCUUCGAGGAGGGCUCCUGGGGCCGCUGGGUGCAGAAGAAGUUCCAGAAGUACAUCGGCUUUGCCCCCUGCAUCUUCCAUGGCCGAGGCCUCUUCUCCCCUAACACCUGGGGGCUGGUGCCCUACUCCAAGCCCAUCACCACCGUCGUGGGCGAGCCCAUCACCGUGCCCAAGCUGGAACAGCCAACCCAGCAGGACAUCGACCUGUACCACACCAUGUACAUGGAGGCCCUGGUGAAGCUGUUCAACAAGCACAAGACCAAGUUCGGCCUCCCAGAAACCGAGGUCUUGGAGGUGAACUGAGCCCGGUUCCUGCCCCGCCCCCUGAGGCCAGCGCCCGGAAGGAACCGGCUGUGCAAAUCCUUUUCUACCAAGUUCUCAAGUGCUUUCUGUUCUGUAAAUUUAGAAGCGUCAUGGGUGUCUGUGGGUUAUUUAAAAGAAAUUAUAAUUUGUUAAACCAUGAUGAUAGUAGGUCUUUCUUAAGGAGAGAGUCACUGUUUGUAGCUCCAGCCACUUCCAUCCUGAGCUGCUCCUUAGGUGGUGGCUGAUGCAUCUGGGCCUCCGUGCACUCUGCUUGCCUACCCAAAGCUCUGGCUAGCUGGGAGGGAGGGAAGGCCCUGGGGUUCAGGCCUGGUGGCUCACUGGCUCUCUGCAGCCAGCAGGGAAGGGGGAUGUGGAGAAGAGCGGAGGGUGCACACUGCUGUCUUGCGGCCCACCACACACCUCACUGCAAGACCGUCCUGGUGGGCUACUGGGAUGGCCCAGCACACUGUGCUUUCAGCCUGGUCACUGUCCCCCCAAGCCCCAGCUCAGGUCCCACUUCCGGGGGGCAGGUCCAGAGUGCCUGUGAUACUGCCGGGAACCAGGCCUGGGCCUGAUGCACCAUCGCUUGGGCUAGCCAGCCUCCAUGUCCAGGGAUGGCAGGGAGGGGUGGACUCAGAGCUGGCCCCAUGUCUGAGGGUGAAGCAGUGUCCCUCUUCCGUUCACAGCAGGGCUUGGCCCUCUGCAGGACAGGUGCAUUCCCAGACCAGCGUCCGGAGCUCAGGGCUCAUCUCCGUGCCUUCCUGCAGGCCAGGCCCCACUGCCUCCCUAGUGGGCUCUGUUCAUUCUCUGUGAGACUGCUGUUCAUGUCAGACUUUUGUAUAUUCCUAAAUGAAUAAACACAAGAAACCUCUA